CUAAAACACAUCACUUUGAUGGUGAUUUGGGAUUAUGAAGAUUACAAAUCACAGCGAACAAAACUGCGAUGCUGAAUGAAUUCUCCCUUCGAAUCACAGAUUCUUCGGUAAUUCCUAAACUCGGAUAUGUUUCAUUCCCAACGCUUCAAACCCCUUCUUCUCUAUCUGAAGUCACUCUCAAGAACACCUCUUCAAACCCCACAACCCAAGAAUCUUUUCCCCUCGAUACUCUCUCUGAAACACACCUCAAAUGCUUCACAGCAACACUCUUUCACGGUUUCCUACCUCGUAAACGAUCGCGGGUUCUCCCCGGAAACCGCUCUCAAGGCCUCCAAAUUCAUUCAAUUCGAAACCUCGGAAAAGCCGGACUCAGUCAUCGCCUUCUUCAGAGACAACGGAUUCAGCAACACCCAGAUAAACAGCAUCGUUAGAAGAGCACCCAAUGUGCUCACUUGCGACCCCCACAAAAGGAUUUUUCCAAAGUUCGAGUUUUUACUCUCCAAAGGGGCCUCACGCUCUGACAUUGUGGAACUGGUGAGUAGGAGCCCCAGAAUCCUUUACUCCAGCCUCGAGAAUAACAUUGUCCCUUCGUAUGAACUGAUGAGGAAGUUUCUUCAAACUGAUGAGAAAACUAUGGACUGCAUACGCUCUUGUGGGCAUUUCUUUGGUACUGAUCGUGUGGUGCAGAAUGUGAAACUUUUGGUUGAUGAUGGAGUCACCGAUCCUGUGAUAGCCUUUUUGUUGCGCAGGAGAGUUUCUAUAAUCUUGUGUUCUGCCUUGAAGAGGACUUUGGAUGAGGUUAAGGAAAUGGGGUUUGAUCCUUCCAAGUUGAGCUUUGCCAUCGCGCUGCUGGCGAAAACGACCAUUCCGAAAUCGCGAUGGGAGAGGAAAGUUGAGGCCUUUAAGAGAUGGGGUUGGUCUGAAGAAUUGGUUCUUAGAGUGUUUAAGAGGCAACCCCUCGUGAUGUUGGUGUCCCAAGAUAAGAUUGAUAGGAUUAUGAGAUUUUGGGUUAAGCAAUUAGGUUGGGACUAUUUGGCUCUUACCAAGAAGCCAGAGAUUUUUGGAUUUAGUUUGGAGAGAAGGAUCAUUCCAAGGGCACUUGUUGUCCAGUAUUUACUCAAGAAAGGUUUGAGGAGUAAGAGUGGCAGCUUGGUUACGCCAUUUUCUGUUUCUGAAAAGGUGUUUAUUGAAAACUAUGUCAUGCGUUUUAAGGAGGAGACAAGUGAACUAUUAAAGCUGUACCAAGUCAAAGACUAAAAGAGGAUGAUCAAAUGGUUAACUUACGAGAACUAAUUUCUCUGAUUCUAGAAGUUUGUAUUUCUUCAACCCUUAUAACUUGGGGUUAGUCAUGUUUAAAUUCAACUGAUUUAAAUGAAUUGUUUCAUUUUGAUGGGUUGGAAUGGACCCUUUGUUGAC